AUGUCACACCAUAGCAAAACUGACCAAAUGCAGAUCCGAAGUGUUCGAAAGUACUUUUUCCUCAUCAAGGAAGAGGUCAGGUUUGAUUGGACGGACCUGGCCUUCCAUCUUGACUUUCGGAGAUCAGACAUCAAAUACAUCGAGAGUAAAAACCUAGAUGACAAGUCCCGCUGUAUGGACCUGUUGGAGGAAUGGCUGAAGCGGAACAGGGAGAGAGCCACCAUAGAGGCUCUGAUGGAGGCUCUGUCAGAGGCAGGGUUACUGAGUACUCUGGACAGACUGAAGAACAAACACCCUGAUUUGCUCCAGAAGUCUGUGAAGAAGUACUAUGAGUUGAAACUGACUCGAUUCAAGCCUCUGAUCUGGAAUGACAACUUCACACUUAGCCUCAGUGACAUCUUCACCCAGUUAGAGUUAAUACAAGAAUCAAAACAUAAAAGGUCAGAAUCAAUGAGGGAAGAACAGAGAAAAGAGCUUAAGUCAUUAGACGACUUGUUCAACCCAGAUGUCACAGGACUGUCCACAGCACCAAGUUGCAUUCUGAUUGAGGGUGAAGCUGGAGUGGGGAAGACAACGUUUCUGUCCAAAGAAGCCCUAGAUGCUGUCUCACAGAAAACAAAGCUGGGCAGAGUCUCACAGAAAACAGAGCUGGGCAGAGUCUCACAGAAAACAGAGCUGGGCAGAGUCUCACAGAAAACAAAGCUGGGCAGAGUCUCACAGAAAACAGAGCUGGGCAGAGUCUCACAGAAAACAGAGCUGGGCAGAGUCUCACAGAAAACAGAGCUGGGCAGACGGCACGACAUCAUUCUGUUAAUCCGACUCCGGGAGGUGAGAGAGGGGGAGACCAUAGAGGAGAUGGUGUGGGACCAGUGUGUUGAUGAAACAACUGAAGGUAUUGAAUCAGAUGUACAGUCCAUUAGAACAAUCCUACAAAGGAACGAGUCCCGUGUGCUCUUCCUCCUAGAUGGGUAUGAUGAGCUGCGGCCUGAGGCCAGGGCAGCUGGGCAGGCCAUUCCCAAACUGCUGUCUGGCAAGAUGUACCCCAACAGCACGAUUGUGAUCACCUCCCGACCCUCAGCAGGAGUGCAGCAGUACACCCGGCCAGACUGUCAUGUACACAUCAUGGGCUUCUCACCUAAACAUGUGUCGAAAUAUGUGCAGAAAUAUUUCAGCGUCAUGGGAAAAUCUGAGCUAGCUGGGGAGCUUAUUGGGUUUAUUUACAGAAACCAAGCUCUCAGUGAUUUGAUCUGUUCACCAUAUUUCUUGCAAUUGGUCUGUGUGCUGUGGGAGGAGGACCAAGAGAUGGUGUCUACUGGAACAAUGAUGGGGCUGUACGACAACCUGCUGACAUGUCUGGUCAGAAAGUGCUGUGAGCGGGAAGGAGUGGACAUGCCAACAGAAGGGCUGCCUACAGAGGUUGCUGAGUCAUUACUACAGCUUGGCAAGCUUGCACUAGAGGCACUGCUGAGGAAUGAGACCCUGCUUGACCUUACAGAAGUAAAGAGAGAAAAGGUUAAUUGGGAGUUACUGUUAAAGCUGGGUGUGGUCUCCUUGGAGGUUUCUUCCUCAAAAUUGCACCCUAGGAAACAGCUGAACUUUUCACACAAGACCAUGCAAGAGUUCCUGGCCGGACGAUAUGUAGCUCAUGCUCAAGUGAACCAAGACAUUGUUGAGCUGCUGCAGCUCACCUCCAUAAGCAAGGCACUUGAACUCGGUAACCUGAUUCAGUUCACAUGUGGCUGUGACUCACGGACAGCACAAGCUGUGAUGGAGGAACUAAGCAAGCUCAGCAGCAGAGAGUUCGCACACUUGAAACCAGAACAGUUUGAAAGAUCAAAUAUGCCAAUUGAUCGAGACAUGCAAAAGUCCUGCAAAAUGUAUGAAAGGUUUGCACACUUGUGCCUGAACAUCCUUUGUGAGAGACAAGAACCAGAAGUGCUUCAGGGUAUCUGUCAAGCCCUGCCAAUUGUGAUGCUGGACAACUCCGUUAACAGUAAAGAAGCCACAGCACUUAAGUAUUACAUACAAAAUCUUCAUUUAGCAAACCUGCCAGACAGGCUGAUACUUAAGAUCCGUGGAGACACUGACAGCAGAGACACAGUUCAGUACCUACAGCAGUGUUUUACAACUUCACUUCCUGGACUUAAAUUGGACUUGGUACUAUCAGGACAGUUUGACUCACCUGAUCAGACAGCCAGGCUGGUUUCAGUUCUGAAGAAUGUUCCCUGUCUGAGGGCACUGUAUCUGUCAGGCACAAACCUAACACCAUCAUCACUCCAGCCACUUGUGCAGGGGUUCAGACACAUGUCUCUGUUAGAGGAGCUGGAUCUUUCUAACAACCCUGACCUUGGUGAUGCUGGGAUGGAAGUCCUACAGGUUGGGCUGUCCAGUGUUCCACACCUGGCUGUACUCCGUCUUAGGAAAGUUGGCAUGACAGCUGUGGGCAUGUCAUCCCUGGCUCCCUACAUGCACCACCUAGUGGGACUGAGAGAACUGGAUAUAAGUGAUAAUAAGAUCGGUGACACUGGGCUGGAAUCUCUCACCACCGUCCUCCACACCUUCACUGCCAUGCAAGUGUUGGGCCUGAGGGAGACCGGUAUCAGCCCCACAGGCAUGCGCACACUGGUCCCUGCACUGUGUAAGUUAACCAGAUUAAUCAAACUGGACAUUAGUGGUAAUGCCAUAGGAGACCCCGGGCUGGAAUGCCUGGCUGCUAUCCUCCACCACCUCACAGCCAUGAAGGUGUUGGUUCUCAGUGAGACAGGUAUCAGUGACAGGGGAAUAUCAUUCCUGAUCAAAGCUCUGCCUCACCUGGUGCAAUUACAGGUGUUGAAUAUGAACUACAAUAACAUAGGAGACUCAGGGAUUGUCUCACUGGUGCAAACACUCUGCCAGCCCAGCAGUUUGGACAUGGAACAAAACCCACCUGGUGACAAGAGUCUGACCACAGCCCCUCACUAUAACACCACACUACAGGAGCUGUACAUCGGGUGGUAUUGGGGAGUAACAGGAGCUGGACUGGGGAGGGUCGCACAGCUCAUCAGCACACUGCCGGCACUGACCAGGCUGGACAUGUCUGGUUACCCACACACACCUGCACACCUGUCUGACACCGCUGCCAUGGAUCUGGCCGAGGCUCUACCCAGACUCCCUGCUCUGGAGCAGCUGGACCUGGAGCACAUCUCCAUGGAGCCUGCAGGGUUCCAGGCUGUGGUGCAGGCUGCUGAGGAACACCCAACACUGAAGGGGCUGGGGUACAACACAAGGCUAGUUCCUGAGGGAGCAGACACCACAGCUAGCUGCUUAAAGCUGUUCUAAUUAUAGCUCAGUGUGCACAUUUUCACA